UUAGCACUUAAUGUCCUGUUAUUGUAGGGACGUAAGUCUUGCUAAACAUGAUAUGUUCAAGGCUAAGUAGGAGAACUCAUCCCUUGCCAUAUCUUAGGGCACUGCAAACCAACUCUCUUGAAUCCAGAUGCCUAUCUAUCCUUUCUAAAAGAACAAGUUACAGGUUCAUUAAUCCUAAAACCAGCUUCCAACACAAUUUCUCUUGUAAUAUUCCGGUAUCAAAGUUUAACCAAGAAUUGUACCAUCUGAGUUACCGUUCUUCAGCUCUUGCUUCACAGAAUGUUGGAAAGUCAUGUUCCAUUCCUGGUUUGCGACACUUCUCAUCUCAUGCAUCCAAAGAGCAGAAAUCACAAAAAAUGCUUUUAUACUUGACGGGCUUAGUUUUUGCUAUGGUUGGCUGCACGUAUGCUGCAGUUCCCCUUUACAGGAGAUUCUGCCAAGCCACUGGCUACGGGGGAACUGUCACCCGGCGUGAGACGGUUGAAGAAAAGAUUGCUCGACAUGAUAGCAAUAAUACAGUCUCCACAAGGGAAAUAGUGGUGCAGUUCAAUGCUGAUGUUGCUGAUGGGAUGCAAUGGAAGUUUAUUCCCACACAGAGAGAGGUCAAUAUAACUUACCCUCUUGUACCUUAAAAAAAAUAUUGCUUUCCAUCACACAGGAUUUAUUUACUUACAUGUGAAAGUAUUGUUUGUGAUUGUGGUCAAUUUAUUUCCUGGAGCUGUUAGUUUUAUUUAUAUUAGUCAUCUAAUUUAAGAAUGGCAACUCAAAGAACUACUAAUAACGAAGUCAAGUUAAAGUCUGAGCUUUUGUUUGAAAAGCCAGGUUAUCAUAGUUUAAAUAUGUGGGGUAGAAGUGGUAUUUUUAAAUCUAAAUCUAGUUGUAUGCUUACUUAAACACUUUCACAUUUGCUGCGUUUGACUGCUCGAUAGUGUUUCAUGUCAUUAAAAAA